AUGCAGGGUCUUGCAGAUGGUCCCGUCAAGACUCACCUGUUCCGGCUUGAACUAGAUUCACUAGAACAAGCCAUUUCCAUUGCGGAGCAGGAAGACUUCAGUCUGAGACAGGCUCGCGCCAGCUCGACAUCAUAUCGUCAACCGAGACGAUAUGACAACGGAGGUCCAGAGCCGAUGGAACUCUGUUAUGUAGAGAGCGAGAAGGCUCGCUCUACAGGCUACAAGAAGUUGCAGAGAUGCAACAGAUGUCAAAAGACAGGACACUACGCUUACGAGUGUAGUGCCCCUCGUCCAGUGUCUCGCGACACUGGGCGUAGUGACCGUCCACCCAUGAGAAAGGGGCAGGGACGAGGGUCCGCUGUUGGUGCAAAGACGCAACAACGGGAUGGACCGUCAAAAAACGGACAGGAUCAGUAG